AUGGCGACGGAGGAGAUUCUUCGUAAUCAUCCAAGCCACCGGAGGCAUGUUCUAGAGUUGAAGAACUACAUGGAGCCAUACGCCUGCAAUGGGUGCAAGGAGAAGGGGUUCGGCCCACGAUACCGGUGCGAAAAGUGCGAUUUUGAUCUUCAUAAGCCCUGCACUUACAACCGGGUUGCGUCGAUUUCGCAUGAAUUUUUUCCGGGUUCGAGGUUCAAAUUCAUGAGAAAUCCACCAAAACCGUGCCACCCAGAAUGCAUAAUAAGGUGCGACGCUUGUAGGAAGACCAUCAAAGGGUUCGUGUUUCACUGCGAGGAAGAUGACUUGGAUAUCCACCCAUGCUGCCGUGAGCUUAAAAAAAGCUACCGAAUCGAAGACGUGAAGUUUAAUCUCCACAAGAAGAUGAAAGGUAAGUGCAUUUGGUGCAAGAGUAAGAGGCUUGAAGAUGGCGGUGAGGACAAUGGGUGGUCGUACGUGUCGGAGUGCGAGGAGUACCAUGUUCAUGUCGCUUGUGUCACUCAAAUGGCUUUAGAAGCAUGGUACAAGAGCCAGAGCUGCAAUGGAGGAAGCAACAGCAUAAGCGGCGGCAGCAGCGGAAUGAGGAGCAGUACUAGUGGAACGCAAUCUGUAGCUGUGAAGUUGAAUCUGAAAGAGAUACAGGCACGACGGCGAGCGGAGAGAGGAGGCAUAGAGAAGUUUUGGAGAGUCGUGAAAUUUAUCGUCAAGACAGUUAUCAGUAUCGUUAUUGGCGAUCCCACCAUGAUUCUUGCCUCGUUCUUCGUCGACCUGCUUACCUGAA